AUGGUUCGAUCGUUUAUUCGUGGGGCCAAUCUAAGACGGUGGCUGUCAAGAAUAGACUGUCCUGCGGCUAUUAAGCUGUGUAAGGACUUCUUCGACAAGGCAUUUGGGUCGAAGCACGACAAGCACAGGGACAGUAGGCUUGAAGACCUUCCCAUUCAGCAGUUCCCUGCGCCACUGCAGAACCUAACGCAGCAGCAGUGGGGUCCUCUGUGCUCUUAUCUGAGGUUCCGUAGGAUCAUGUACUCGUCAGCAGCCUUUCACACAGGUAAUAGUCUCAUAUUCUUCUACCCUAUGGGGGGCUCGGAGAACCACGCCGUCCCUGGGUCCAUCCAAUACAUCUACAGGAGGGCGGGUUCGUUGAAGUUCGCGGUGAGACGCCAGAUGCAGGCCCCUCAGGAAUACCCAGAUCCUUUCCGGAAAUGGAGAGAUCAUUAUCCUGCUGAGGUUUAUUCGUUGCAGCUCGCAGACGAUCUGGAGGAGGUUGAUCCGACACGAGUGCUCUGUCAUUUUGCUCGAUUCCCUCUGACGGACGAGCUUGCUGUUGUACUCAUGUUAUCUCAGGCAUACAAGUCGGUUGUGCCCGUACCAGGCUGCGAGCCGCUCUCCCAGCCACUCUUAGCCGCCGGUGGGCCGCCGCCGGCUAUUGAGUGGCUUGCCGAUGCAGCCACUGGCGGCCCGUCGGCGGCCCGAUUAUAUACCGGACGAUCCCGAAUCAGCAAAUCGCACAACAAGACUCAUCAUCACUACAUACCUGGUCCCCCGGACAAAGAAGUCCCGCCUCCUCGCGCAAUCACCCAUUGGUGCCCAGGCCAACAGCCGUCUACUGGUCCGUCUAUCGCAAGCAGACUCGUCUACAAAAACGAGCUUAUCACCCCCGCCGUUACAGUUGAGCCCGAUGUCCGCCAUAUACAGGUCUCGUUCAUCGUCAUCUCGCUCAAGGGCUAUUCGCGUGACCUGAUCCGCAAUAACCAUCACUUUCUGGGUCACAAUCAUUGA